CACAUGUUGCGAAUAAGGAAAUCCAAUUUAAAAUGUUAUUUUGUAACUUAGCUUUCGUUUUCUAUUUCUUUUUAACAAUUUUAACAUUUUUGCUAAUUUUAAUGCUUGAUAUUGUGACUGGGGAAGUAAAAGGAAAUGAUAAGGAAGGUAAUAACGAGAAUGAUGAAAUUAAAGAACAUCAGCGUAGAUUUUUGGAAGCUCUGGACGAUAGAGAUUGGCACGUGUCACAUUUGAAAGACAUGGAUUUCGAUACAGAUUGCGAGAAAGCUACCUUUCACGACAAAGUGAAAAAGUAUCGCAGAACUUUAAGAAGUGACGGCGCAUUAGUUGAAUUUGUUUCCGCAGACGCGUUACCUUAUAAUGAAACAGAUUUACCGACACCUACAUGCAAAAGUAAUCUAACGCGUCGCUUAAAAAACGUCAAGAAAAAUCAACCAGAAGUUAACGUGACGAAUGCUAAAUACAAAGAGAUAUCAGCUAAUGCCAGCGAUGAUAUUAAACCAGCAACAGUAAGUGUUAAAGAGAAAAAAAAGCCUGAGGAUACUGUUCCAAACAAAAAUUAUCAGAGACGAAGCGAAUACCAGUUCAGCUCUGUCGAAUACUACGAUGAAGUUCAGGAUUUUAAUGCAGACGUUUGCCCAGACGCAGUAGAAGUUAUUGAGCUGGAAUUAGAUACUUUACGAUCUUACGACAUUGUAUGUGAAGCUACUUUGGAAUGGAGAAGCUUAGAAUGAUGGUUGGUGAAAUUCCAGUCUCGGGUGGUGCGGCGUGGUAAAUUAAAACAGCAGCAUCAAUCUUACAUUUGUAUUUUUAGAAUUUAAGGUGCAGUGAUUGUGUCGUUUUUGAUUGUAGCAACGAUGACCAGCAAAUUUAAGAUGCAAAGAAUUUAGAAAGAUGUAUGGCACUUGUUUAUCCAUGUCAUUGUUUCUAGGAUAUGACUCAAAACCUAUGGCAUUUUUUAUCUAAAAAGUGCCAUAUUAUUAUUCAUAUAAAAAGUGUAUUCAUUCAU